AAAAGUGCAACUCUUUAGCAUUCAGAAACUCUAAAAGAAAUGAAUAAAAAGCAUUGUGGUGGUCAGUAAAUGUUACUUUUAUAGAACAAGUGCAGGGAAAUAUAUAUGGAAUCACUCCAUUCUGAGGAAAAAAAAAAAUGGAAUCAUGAGAAAUAAACAAAUAACAAUCAAAACAAAUCUCUAGUAUUUAGUAGCACCACCUCUGGCUUUUAUGACAGCUUGCAGUCUCUGAGGCAUGGGCUUGAUGAGUAUUCUUCAUCAAUUUGGUGCAACUCUCUUUGAUUGCAGUUGCCAGAUCAUCCUUGCAGGUUGGAGCCUUGCCUUUUUUUCCAUUUCCACCACAGGUUUUCAAUAGGGUUAAGAUCUGGGCUAUUUGCAGGCCAUGACAUUGACUGGAUGAGUCUUUCACCAAGGAAUGCUUUAACAGUUUUAGCUCUCUGGCAUGGUGCAUUGUCAUCUUGGAAAAUGACAAACAUAUUUUGAAUUGAAGAGAUAAGAAAGCUGUCUAAAAUUUCAAUGUAAACUUGUGCAUUUAUUGAAGAUUUAACCACAGCGAUAUCCCCAGUGCCUUCGCCUGACAUGCAGCCCCAUAUCGUCAAAGACUGAGGGAAUUUUGAUGUUUUCUUCAGGCAGUCAUCUUUGUAAAUCUCACUGGAACAGCACCAAACCAAAGUUCCAGCAUCAUCACCUUGUCCAAUGCAGAUUCUUGACUCUUGACAAGGUCUGAGUUUGUUCUACAUGAUAAAAUGUCUGAGUGAGUGCUCAUCCGAGACUGGUGAUUCCAUACUUUUUGCAAGGGGUUGUAUGUGUCUUGUCCAAUUCAGACCGUCAAGUUAAUGCCUCACUCGAGUCGGAAAACCACCCCAUAAAUCGGAUUUGUGGAUUAAGACCUCCGGUCUAAACCUAUCUAGCCUUAGAAAGUUGACUUGUCACCCUUCCCAAGAUGAUGAUAAAUGCCCAAUCAUCCUUCUACUGUGAAUUGAAAUGAAUUUAUCACUCGUAGAUGUCCAAUUCAUUUGAAUUGGGAGGGUGGCAGGAAAUUAUUGUUGUUAAAAUCUGGAGUUGUAACCCAUUAUUAUAAAAAUAAGUGUCAACUUUCCUACCAAAUAUCCUGCGCCUAUUCUGAAAAAACUCCCUGGCAACCCUGGCUAAACAUACUGCAGCUCCUCCCCAACAUACAAAGUUUGUCUCUAAAUCAUCAGACAAUUUUUUGUUUCAUAGAAAACUUAUUCAAUCAGACUGCUGAUUGUUAAAUCGAUGGUUCUGAUACAUAGUUGUGUACAUUCUUUGUAACUGAAAACUACACAUUAGCUGCGUUGCAUUUAGUAUCCAACAGGUAUUAUAAUAAGAUAAAAAGCUGCUGGCCACAAAUGAUCCCGGACUCCCCCAGAAUUGUUCCAGUCUGUUUAUGUUGCAGUCCUCUGCCGCGCUGGCCUAUUGUAUGUCCAAGUCUGCCAUUGACCAAUUCACUCGCUGCAUCGCUCUGGAACUGGCGUCUAAGCACGUUCGAGUCAACUCUGUGUGUCCUGGUUUGAUUGUCACAGAAGUACACAAGAGAGCAGGACUGGAUGAAGAGCAAUAUGCUAAGUUUCUUGAAAGUUCUAAGCAGAUGCACGCACUGGGCCGAUUUGGCGAAGUGGAUGAGGUGGCCCACAGCAUCGCCUUCCUGGCAUCAGACGCUGCGAGUUUCAUUACUGCAGUCAACCUCUUCAUUGAUGGGGGUCGCCAUGCUAUGAGUCCGCCAUCACAGUAUAAAUGAGCAAUCACGUU